AUGUCCGUCGUUGCUAUCAUCGGAGCCACCGGCAAACAAGGGGGGUCUGUCAUCAGACAGCUGCUGAAGACUUCGAAGUGGAAGGUCAGAGGCGUUACUCGCAACUUGGAUGGAGAGACGGCGCAGAGUCUUUCCCGCGAGGGAGUGGAAAUGGUGUAUGGCGAUGUGAAUGAUGAGUCAAGCUUGCUUCGGGCCUUUGAAGGAGCCACGGCAAUCUUUGCGGUGACAACCUUUUGGGAAUUUAUCCACACACUUGGUGUCGAGGGAGCUGGCGAAGCAGAGGUCUCGCAGUUUAUCAAUCUCGCAAAAGCAGCUGCUGCCACUCCCACAUUGCGUCACUACGUUCUAAGCACAUUGCCCUCCGCGAGUCGAAUUUCUGCAGGACAGUACCCCGUUCCGCACUUCGACUUUAAGCAGAAAGGGGUUGAUUGGAUAGUCGCAAACACUCCUGACCUCUGGGCGAAGACGACUGAGUUUUGGGCGGGAGCAUACGCCUCGAAUCUGGCAGAACUUCCAUUGCUAAAAUUUAUUGAAAUCCCUGGGUCCGGACAUUACGUUUUGAUGGCACCUUCUUCGCCGUCGGGUCUUUUCGUUUUAGCUGGCGAUAUGGAAACAAACUGCGGGAUUGUUAUCGAAGGAAUCUUAAACGCCAGUUCCAGGACUUUUGGUAAGAUUGUUAUUUGUGUUACUGACUAUAUCCCGCUCCACGACAUCGCGACAGAGUUUUCAAGGGUCACGGGGAAACCAGCCACGUACCUUGAAGUAUCUGAUAAUAACUUUGCAGCAAUCUGGGGUCCUUUUGGCACAGAGCUGGCUUCUCAGCUUCGCUGGGGAGAACAGUACUCGGAUUGGGAGAGCUUUGGUGAAGGUCGAGUCAUUAGUAUGGAAGAGCUCAAUUUGAGUGAUAAGCUAGUGUCUUUUGGACAGGCCUUGGAGAAAUUAAAGGACAGAUUGAUCUAG